UCCAAUUUUAUCUACUCAUCCACGGCAAGGCCAGACAUGCAUAAUCAUGGGCACAUGCACGCGAUAGAUUGCUUGCAUGCAACAGAGAAAACUGCUAAGAGAUAAACAUGCGCACGUUCAUGGCUAACAGCACUUCCAAUGGCACGUCGUCUACCUCUCGCCGCAGGCUCUCGCGCACGUCUGCCACCUAGCCACAGCACUUGCGCUCGUCGCCCACCUCGUCUCUGCACCCGCGCAAGUCGCCGCCGGUGAUGGUUGGUCGGUCCACUCGGUCCGGCCCGAGCUUCUCUGCCGCCGGUCCGGUCCCUGGAAACAGGACCGCGAGGCUGGUCGGUCCGGUCCGGUCCGGACCGCCGGCCGCCGGUCCAAAUGGCAGCUCGGUGAAGGACCGGACCGGCCCGGACCGUGUCCACCCUGACCCGCAUCUCACGACGUUGGAUCUCGAUGGUGUGAUCUUCUCGAGCAAAUACUCUAUGGAUUUCUCGAGUUGCCCGAACCUGGAGACCGUAAAGAUGCACCGUUGCUCCUUCUCAAUCAUAAGCUGUGACGGUCCCAUCAAGAUAUCUUCACAGUCUGUGAGGUAUCUUAGCAUCACGGACUAUAAUUUUCGCCGUUAUGACAAGCAGGAGGCUCUCAUUUCUGUCCCAAACCUCGUCUACCUAGAGCUGGGUAGUGGCCGUGGCAAGGUUCCUACGUUUGAGUGCACGCCGUUGUUGCUAGCAGCAUCUAUCAAGCUUGACGACAAGGAUGGUUCCUUCAUCCUUGAGCGCUUGUCAGCUACCAUUAAUCUAGAGCUCAUGAUCGAGCCUCAAGCGUCUGCUGCUUUCAGGAAAGAACUAAUACGGUGCACCACAUUUAGCAAGCUCAAAACUUUGUCACUAGAUGAUUGGUGUGUGGAGCCUGAUUACAGCCCACUAUUUUACUUUCUCCAGCGGUCACCAAGUCUCGAGAACCUCCACCUCCGACUAUCUAAGAAAUAUAAACAUGCCGAAGAAACAGACGGAAGCUACGCUCCAAUAGAACCAUUUUUGGCAUCGAAGAGUCCUAGGGCUUUCAAUAUCCAAUGCCUGCCCAAAGAUGAGCGUGUUCACAAAAUUGUGAAGGUCCUGAGUUCAUGUGGAGUAACUGCUGAGUUAAUCAUCAUCAACAAAAGAAUUUGGUCUUCCAACGGAUCAUAUUCAGAUUCAGAGCACUCAAAUUAUUCACAUCCAGAUUCAGAGCAGUCAAACUAUUCACAUUCAGAUUCAGAGCAAGAGCAAUUGGAUUAAACGCUUGGAACGUCGCCAUGAGUUUACUAUCUUGCUUCGACCUUUAGCGAAAUUUCUAGUUGUCGAGUCAAGGCAUUUUUUAGUUCAAAAUAUACAAAACUAGAGAUACGGAUGCAACUGUGAUUUGGUUCAUGUGUUGAACAUGAAACCAUGUUAUUUGCUUUAUACUUUUGGACUUUUUGUUCAUGUCACAUGCAUGUUU